AGUAAUGAUACGAACAUACCCGUACUUGGAGAAGAUGAUUAUUAUAAAUAUCUUGGAAAGUUUGAGAACUUAGUCAACUUGAGAAGGAAAUUCAGAAAGCAGCAAGUAAAGAGUACAUCAGACGCAUCUCUGGUAAUUUGGACGUCACUUUUAUCUAUUCCACGGAAAGUCAAAGCUAAUCAAACGUUUGCUAUUCCCGUUUUGCAACACCACAUGUGGUCUACUGACUGGCCUAUAGACAAACUUAAAGAACUUGAAAGACGAACCCGUCGAGUUAUUAAUGACUGCGGCUGUAAACACAAGCAUGAAUCUCUACCCCUCCUCUAUCUUCCAACUACUAAAGGAGGCAAAGGCCUGACUGAAAUCGAAAGCCUGUACAAGACCACAAAGAUAAAACUCGCCCACUACAUCACAUGCAGCUCUGAUCCACAUGUUGAGCUAGUAAGAACGUACCAAGACGCCAAAGAAAUGAAAUCCUUAAGAUCUAUCAUCAAGGACGCAAGAACAUUUGCAGCUCAAUUCAAUGUGGACAUAACGUAUAAUGCCGAAAGCAAGAAAUCUAUCUUAACAUCCAACGACACAGUUAUAGAAGUGAAUAAUUGUCAACCUAAAAGUAUCACUAGGAAAUCCAUCUUAAAGAACGAAUUAGUGAGAAAGUACGAAGUCGAAGUUGAACAGCAACCCUGGGUUGGACAAUUCAUGCCUAAACAGUGGAAAAACAAAGACCUGCACAAAGAAUGGUGUGACAUCUCAAAAGUCUGGAAAAACAUUCCAACUGUUGUUUACAGUAUUCACACAAGUAUUAUUCAACAACUAUUGCCAACUAAAGUCUAUAACGUAAAGAAACUGAAAGGUGAAGAAGAAGAUCUGAAAUGUCGGCUUUGCCAAUCUGGAGAUGAGAGUAUUGCACACAUCAUGUGCAAUUAAAUGCUCGGCCAUAGCCCAAUCGCUCUACAC